ACACGAUGAAUCUAGCGCCAAAAUGUCCGCUGCGAGCUAAAACUCCAGCUGUACAACACGUGCGGACGGAGCCAACAUGGCCGCUACGCAGCUCAGUUGCAGCAGCAGCAGCAAGCAGCCCUCGGUGGGCGGAGCCUCUGGGAGGCUGAGUCUGGUCACAUGACCCGCGCGGAGCCAGACUUGACUAUCUCCAAUAUGGUGGCCAGCUUGGCAGGUCUACGGUUCCUGUUGAUGGUGUUAUUGUUGUUCUGCGGGAUUACACACAGCGCCUGCAGCCGAGAAGCCUCACAGGUGGUGGGGCUGCGACUCGAAGAAGACUCGGCGGGUCUGGUGUGGAUGAAGGAGCGGACCAUCUCAGCGCCGGAAGGAGCCACGUUCGGUCUCCGUCUCUUCUUCGGGGCUAAUCUGAAUGGAAGCUUGCCGAAGGUGGCGUUCGCAUGGGCAGCUGGAGCCGCGGCGGAGGUCGGCGAUGCCCCCGACCCGUGCGAAGACGAGUCCAACCGCCAGAAGUCCGCCUUCCAGGUGACCAAGGACCUGUUCCUGGACGAGGAGCACAGCGGGCUGCUGACGGUGGAGGUGGAGAGCAGCAUCGCCGAGAGAGGAGCUGACAGCGGUUACAGCUACCUGUGCGUGCUGAUCGGGGACAAUUGGGCUAAAGUGGGCCCGGACAAACUGCGGAUAAGUCCGGACAGAAGUCCUGAAAUAGACUACAUCCCUCCGUGGGGUCUGGCCCUGCUGGUGGUGCUGCUGCUGCUGAUCUGCGGGAUGUUGAGGACCGUGAACCUGAGCCUGCUGUGGCUGGACCCCGUGGAGCUUUACGUGCUCCACAGCUGCGGAUCCGAGGAGGAGAAACGAGCCGCCAAGCGCCUGGAGCCCGUCAGGAGGAGGGGGAACUUCUUGACAUGUUCUCUGCUGUUCCUCUGCGCGGUGGGACACUCGGUUCUGGGCGUGCUGCUGUACCGAGCUCUGGGCUCCAUCGUCUCCGGGGUCUUCAUCAGCGGCUUCCUCAUCUUCUUCCUGGCUGAGCUGCUUCCACACAUCCUGUGCUCUGGGUACGGCUUCCAGAUGGCCCCCGCGCUGACCUGGCUAGCUCAGGUCUGCAUGGUGCUCACCUGUCCCCUGUCCUGUCCUCUGGGCCUGAUCCUGGACCUGGGCCUGGGGAGGGACAUCAGUACCUGCGGGAUAAGGGAGCGAGCCAUGGAGAUGAUCAGAGCGAGCGUCAAUGACCCCUACAGUGAGUUUGUAAAGGAGGAGUUCAGCCAGGGGAUGCUGCGUUCAAAGACAGUGGAAGACAUCCUGACUCCCCUGAAGGACUGCUUCAUGCUGCCCAGCUCGGCCAUGCUCGACUUUUCCACCAUGUCUGAGAUCAUGCAGAGCGGCUACACCCGGGUGCCCAUUUACGAGGAGGAGAGGUCCAACAUUGUGGAAAUUCUUUAUGUGAAAGACUUGGCCCUGGUGGACCCGGAGGACUGCACCCCCAUGACGACCAUCACCAAGUUCUACAACCACCCACUGCACUUCGUCUUCAAUGACACCAAGCUGGAUGCCAUGCUGGAGGAGUUCAAGAAAGGUAAUUCUCACAUGGCCAUCGUCCAGAAGGUGAACAACGAGGGGGAGGGGGAUCCUUUCUACGAGGUGCUGGGACUGGUCACCUUAGAGGACGUCAUCGAGGAGAUCAUCAAGUCGGAGAUCCUGGAUGAGUCUGUCGGCUACCUGGACAGGAAGGUGAAGCGUCCCCCCGCUCCUCUGGAGAUCCCUCUGGAGCCUCGCAGCAGCCACGAAGAGUUUUCCCUUUUCAAGCCUCCUGAGGGAGAACCGAAGAUCCGCACGUCGCCGCAGCUGCUGCUGGCCACGCAUCGCUUCCUGUCCAGAGAAGUGGAGCACUUCAGCCCAGCUCGAGUGUCUGAGAAAGUCCUGUUCCACCUGCUCCGUCACCCCAGUGUGAACCAGGAGGUCCACUUUGACCACAACAACCGGCUGAGCCCGGUCCACUACUUGUACACCCGGAACCACCCGGUGGACUACUUCAUCCUCCUUCUGCAGGGCCGGGUGGAGGUGGAAAUAGGUAAAGAAGGGCUGAAGUUUGAGAAUGGUGCGUUCACUUACUACGGUGUUUCUGCUCUGACGCUGCCCUCUUCAGGUGACACGCCUUCAGUAUCUGAACGCUCUCAUGGCGUCACGUGUCGGGCAGAGUCCAGAUCCUCCAGAGAUCAAGAUUCUGCCCAACAGUCAGACCAAGCUGCUAAAUGAGAGAAACACAGCACAAGGUGGCAGCAGAACCCAGGAGAGCUCCACAGAAGAGGAGGCUCAUGGGUAGCCACGGCCCAUCAGGUCUCUUAUUUAAGAGACAAAGACAACAAAUGAAACCACAUCCAGAGGGUUUUUUCUGUUAUUUUUUAUUGCUAAAUAUUCCAUGGCUGGAGCGUAGUUUGUGGAGAACACCGGAGGAGGGAUUUUAUUUUGAAAUCCUGUUUUAUGUAGACCUCCUGCUCAUGUUUCGUCUCCACCUUCAUUCCUUUCUUUGGUUUCAGUUCAGUGAUUAUUUCUGAUGUUUCUGUAUAUAAGUUUGUAUAAACAUAGAGACUGAAGACAGAGGUGAACCUCAGAGUAUAUGUGAUGUCAUGGUUUCAAUAAUCGAGCCAAACUGAAGCGUUUUUUUGAUGAACAAACUUUGACAGUUCUGCUGGAAAAUGGAAGAAAAGUUGAGUCGCUGUAUGGAAACUUCUUCACUCCUCCUGACAGACUGGUGUUAAAAAAACACUUUAUUCGAUCUGUUUGAGGUCAUUUUAUAGUGAAAGUGCUUUGAUUUGAUCGACCUGUGAAUAUUUAGCCCUAAAUGAUAGUGAGCUGUCCUGGGUCCUUACUUCAGCCCUGAGAAAAGAUGCUGAACACAAGAAAAUAUUUCUACACCUUUUAUAUCUCAGCUAAACUUAAAGGAGAUUCAGUUACAUUUAGAGAAAAGAUAUACAGACACCUGCAGAAACACUAACAAGAGUUGUGCUGUACCCUAAUAAUAAUAAUAAUAAUAAUAAUAAUAAUAAUAAUAAUAAUGAGAAGAUUAAGACAGAACUGUUGUCAGAAUUGUUUUUAUCACAGAGCAGUUGUGUCUGAUCCUGAACCUGGAUCUGCACCAUCCUGCAUCUGUUUGUUGUUUUCAUGACUCCAAACAGCAUGAGAAACAUGUGACACGUGUGGGAUAGUGGUCCUCCAGAACCAGGACAGGACACCUUUGCUGUAGCUGGACAGCUACACAUCUCAGAGUAAUUUCCAUUUGUAUAUAUAUUUAAUUGAAGUAAUCUAUAAAAUAUAUUAUAACCUAUUCCAGGUUAAUGCAAAUAAAACUCAAUUAUUUAUUAGAUUGAAGUUAAGUCCGUUUUUUCCUCUCAUCUGUCACCAACUGACCCUUGACCUCUUGAUUUAUUUUAUAUAAUCAGGUUUUACUGAAAAUAAAGCUUUUUUAUGGAUUGAAACUAACAGAUUAAUAAAUAAAUGUCUGCUUUUACCUAAAAAAAAUGAAAUAUGCUAGUGGUUGGAGAGGGAUCACCUGUUUCAUUUUGUUUAAAUGGUGCCUUUCUUCCUGGGUUUCAGCUCUAAACUUGUGUUACUAGUUUUUACUUUUUUCAUUUCUCUGGGUGCCAAAGUUACCUAUUUAUGCAUAUGAGUGUGUGUCUGUGUGAGUGUGUGUGUGUGUGAGUGUGUACUUAAGCAUUUGUCCAUUUGAACAACAAAAGUCUCUGAUGUUGGUUAAAAAGAGUCCUUUGUUGAAUUUAUGGGAACUUGUCAUCUCAUUUGAACUUUUAGAGCUUAAUAAUGCUUAAUAAUAAUAAGUUAUAAUGUGACAAGUUAAAGGUGUCUCCAUGGUCUGUCUGUUCAUCAGAGGGUUCAAAUUGGAAAAAAAUGGAAUAAAAAUUAAGUUUGAACCUUAAUAUGGGUUGAUACCCGACCAGCUGGUCUGUGAAAGCAGGAAAUGUUAGCUUUUUUUUUUUAUUUAACAGGAAAAGAUUAUUAAAAAUCAAGCCUGACUCAGCAUAAUUGCUGUUUUACA